AUGUUUAAAACCAUCGCUCUAAGCUACCGCAUGGGUCAAAGGACAGUGUCGAAGAUAGUUUAUGAUGUGUGUGGAGCGAUAUGGAAGCAUCUACAACCCAUUUAUCCACCUGAGCCAACAACAGUUAUGUGGGAAAAUAUUGCUUCUGACUUUGAGAGGAAAUGGCAGUUUUACAAUUGCCUUGGAGCUGUUGAUGGGAAACAUAUCAUUUUGCGAAAACCUCAGUUAUCUGGUUCCUCAUUUUUCAAUUACAAACAGCAUGGCUCUGUAGUAUUAAUGGCUACUGUCGAUGCUCAUUACAGAUUUACCUCUAUAGACGUCGGUUCAAUGGGCGGAUUUAGUGAUGGAAAUAUUUUUUCUAAUUCAGUAUUAGGAAGAAAACUGACUGACGGAACUUUAAAAAUCCCAGGAGAUAAAUCGCUUCCUGGACAACAAAAUAGAGCCCCUUACGUUUUCGUAGGUGAUGAGGCAUUUCCAUUAUUAAAAAACUUAAUGCGACCGUACCCUAAAUGCAGAGUUACUGGCAAUGACAAAUAUAAAGUUUAUAAUUACAGACUGUCUCGUGCUCGUCAAACUGUAGAGUGUGCAUUUGGUAUCUUGAGUUCCCGAUUUCGUGUGUUUAAACGGCCUUUUGAGUGUAAACUAGAGACUGUAGAUAGAAUUGUGACAGCUACAUGUGUACUUCAUAAUUACUUGAGGACUGAUAACAUUACGUCAAAUGAUCUCGCCGAGGAGGACGACAUGGCACCACUGAGUACCAACCAGCUUAUGUCGCCUGCUCCAAGUAGGUGCAGAAACGAGAGUGAAGCGUUUCUUACGAGAGAAAAAUUUAAUGAGUGUUUUAAUUCACCAGAAGGUUCUGUUCAAUGGCAGUAUGCAGCUAUAAAAAGAGGCCAAUACUAA